UACUCGCAAAAGUGGGUCUACAUCCGCUCGAGAGCUGCAACAGCAUAAAUACAACAAAUAAAUCGCUCGACAUGCGACAUUGCAUACACAUGUGGAGUCUGACAUGGUUGGUUAUUGAUACGGCUGGUCAGGUAACAGUAUGAUGGAGAAAAUUGCACGGGCCAGAACUGUAGCUUAUUAUUUGUAUUCUCAUGUACCAGGAAGCAGAAAUAAGAUAAAGUGUAUUAAUGGAGCUGUGUGGUAUUGUUGUCAAGCUAAUUACCAUGAUGACACCCAAGAAGACAAACCACCUAAUAAAUUGAUAGCUACCUUGAAAGGAUUGAAGAUAAAGAAGAACAUUGGGCAAAAGACAGAGAAAACAAGGUUGAACUUUCAAAGCAUGGAUGUGAAAACUGCAAAGAAGCCAAUUGUAUUGGAUGCACUUCGAAAAGCGGUUGCAUCACUGCCAGAGCAUGAGAAAGCUGAAGAAGAACUUAUUACACAACUAGAAAAGCAGGAUGCACAGACAUUGGCAGCACAACAGACCAAUCAGAGGCCUGAUAGACUACAUGGAGAUGAUGGGGAACGCAAGCAAUCCGACCUGCUGCAGAGGCUGCGCAGUCCACAUCAACCAGAACAAGAGACAAACAACCUCAGUUCCCUCAUGUUAGAAUUGAAGGUCCAGCAGCAGAAAAAGGGGGCAAGGCUGGAGGAAACUAGUAAUAUUAGGCCAAGAAAUGGAAGUAAUUUCAAGAAGGUGUUUGUUAAUGAAGUACAGGGGAACGAGGUAGAAAUCAGUGAGGUUAAACUUAAGUCCCAGACUGAGCCCUACAAAAGGCAACGCAAACGGUCAUUGUUUGAGAGGUACCGAUUGGAAAUAUUUGAUACAUCGUACAAGGAUGAACAUGGGGUUGUGAAAAUGGAUGAAAAGCCAAGUAUUUGGGAAGUAGAAGAACAAAGAACUCUAAGGCAGCUACACUAUGAUAGUAUAAGUAAUGGGUUUGAUGAUAUGGCAAUGUUAACAGAGCAAGGAAAAGUUUGGCAGUAUCCAAUUAAUAAUGAACAAGGUAUGGAAUUAGAAAAGGAUGUUGGCUUUCAUGAACACAUUUUUCUUGAAACCUACCUCGACAACUUUCCCAAGAAGGGUCCGGUGCGGCAUUUCAUGGAGCUUGUGAUCCAAGGUCUUAGUAUGAACCCAUAUUUAACAGCUCAACAAAAAAAGGACAACAUCCAGUGGUUCCAGGACUAUUUCAAGAAUAAGGAAAGUGUAUUGAAAGACACAGGAGCAAUAGAGGCAGAAUUCAGCUUUUGAUGCAUUGUUGUUAUAAAUAACAAAUUAUGAUUUGGUGUUAGUACCGGUAUUGUGCACUAAUACACCUUUUCCUAAUGGUUACAAAGUGCAAGUCAAGUCUCAGAAUUCACUUAAACUUUGUUGGACAAAACAAACUAUACACUGAAAAACCUCAUAACAACACAAUAAAAAUGCAGAACAAGUCACUCCAAAUACAAUCUCAUAAUAUAGUAGUAACUGUGUAGAUAUACACCUCCAUUUGUGAUAAUUUAAUUGAGAAAAUCCAAGGGUGUUAGUAUGCCACUUGGCCUCAUAGCUCAGUUGGUAGGGUAUCCAAACAGAAAUCAGAAGGACUUGGGUUAGAAUCCUGAUGGGGGACAUAUGUUGUUCUCAAAUAUUUAUUACCACUACAUUAAACACAAUACCGAUUUUGACCGAAUUUAUGCCUACCAUUGCUUUCCUGAAUUAAUGAGGCUUGGGAAAGGCGCAAUAUAAAUACCCAAUACCAGUACCAGUACCAAUAAACAUAAGCCAAUGAUUUAUGAAGUUAUUGCCAUUUUGUUAAGCAAGCAUUGGAAUAUCUGAAAUGUUUUAAGUUCAGUGAGAAGAUGAUUUCAAAGUCUUGUAGCAAAAUGAUGGAAUAUUCCUGCCAGACUAACAUUACAGUAAUUAUUUAUGAUGGUGGUACAGUAGUAGUAGUGAUCAUCUGCCAUCACUACCAACAUCGCCAGUACCAGAUGCAUUGUGCUGUUACUGUAGGCUCGCAAAUUUUAAAGACCAGCCUCUUUUUAAAAAUGUUGGCAUAUAUACAAAGAUCAUUUGUUAGAGGAGUCAUUAUAGAAAACUCCAACUUCUGGUAGCAAAAUUUAAUAGAAUAUCUCUUUCACCUGAAGUAAAAACACCACACAGUUGUUUCAUUACUAGUACAGUAUGAUCACUUCUAUCUGUGUUAAAAUAUGACUAUAAUUUUAUUCUUAAAUAAAUGAAUAGAUUGUAUUUACA